AACAUGACUUAUGUGGGAUUUUUACCAUCAUUUCUGCCAUGACAUAUUAUUUUACACGAUUUUUACAUCAAUCAGGAGACAGACGACUUCAGAAAAUAUUUUUUCGAUGGCUUUGAUGGAGGAUAAGUUUGCGUAUCCAAGAAAGAGGUAGAGCUUGAUGAAACGGUGGCAACGCAGACAAACGCUGUAGUUAAGCUGAUUUUUAAUCUUUAUUGUUAAAUUUGUUUUGAACAACCAACAAAAAGGUUGUCUCGUGUUUUUGGUAGCAAUUUAUGACCUAUUUCUUUUUACUUAUGGCAAUAGUAAACCUGUGGUUGGCAUAUUUAGAAGUCCUAUGCAGCUUCAUCGACCGUAAAACUGCUGUAGUUCCACUACUAUUAUUUAGCUUGUUUGAUUUAUGUCUAAAGUAUCUAAUAGGUUGUGCUUCCACAGGUCACUAAAUCAACAUAAUCAAUACUCCAAGCCUAAAUCUUGUGAUCGUCAAUAAUAUUAUAUUUAUGAACUUAUCAUUGUCAUUUUGCGGGGCUAGACCCCAGUUCAACCCCAGGGAUCUGCUUUUGGUCUCAAACAAAAGGCUACUGAAGCCCUAGCGUAUGGGGAGUAAAAGCAAACUGGUUACCAGACAUUUCAAUUCAAAGUUGUUUUGAUACAAGUUAAUUCAGUCAAGGUGUAAAUAUUUUCACAUACUUGGCUUGAAGAACAAAGAAUAAUCACCCCAAAUGUUUUUCUAGCUGAGGCGCAAACUAUACAUGUGAAAGUGAUCCAAAUUCUUGUGUAAUCUUGGUGCUUGAGGUCGUAUCAAAACAACUUUGUAUUGAAAUGACCAGUUUCCGAGCAAGUUUAAUCAACCUCCCCAGGACAAGAGGUGCCAGAAUUUAAGGUGAUAUUUAUUGGCCAUUGAGUGCAGUCCCUGUAGGGGAAAUUUGUACCUGAUCAACUGGGGAUGGCUCAGGGCUAUAGCAGAGGACUAUAUUUAAGAGGAGGCAGGUAGAUUACCUUUUUCUUUUUUCUCCUUAUUUGGGACCAAAUAUGUUCCAUGUCCCCUUCCCCUUAGGGGGAAAUAAGUACUCCAAAGCCCAUGGCUGUUUGGAAUUUUUUUUUAGCGUGUUAUCUUUUUGGGGUCAAAUGAAGCCUGUACCCUGUCCAAUUUGGUCUUUUUUUAGGUUUAACCCAUACUUUGCCAAUUUAAAGCUACAACAGCCAUGUACCUUUAACAAAAGUAUUAUGCAAAUGAACAAGAUUACAGAGAACUUUGUUGACCCAUUUAACUCUAUCUGUACCUGUCUCUUUAAGUCUAGGCAUGGAAGAGACUCCACUGACCCUUGAACAGGUUGAACACAUUCCUACAAUCCCUAGGGAAUUAUCAUCAGUAAGAAUUCGGGAAUUUGAUGAAAGUACUGCUAACCCUGAGCCAAUUGUGCAGGAUGACGAGGCAGAUCAUUUGCUGGAAGAAUUUCUCUCGCCAGCAAAACUGGUAAGUGUGUGAUGAAUAACUGUAGAAGUUUUAAGAACUGGACUGGUUUUUUAAAAUUUUUUUUUUAAACUCCAUCAGUAAUUUGUUUAUCACAUAUUAUGAGGCCUUAGAGAGGGUAGGUAUGUCCAUAAUCUGAAUUCCAAAAGCAGUUGUUUCGCAUAUUGAGGAGGGAACCAUGUCCCUUUCAGUAUUUUACUACUUUUUGUGAUUUUCCCUGUUACUGUUGCAGUGUCAACCUACAUGUAUCUUCAUGUCACUUGUCGCCAUUUCAUCUGUCUUAUGUCACUGUUUCAAGGCCAUAUGACCUGUUGGAAUUUUACCCUAAAAGGCCUCAACUACCACCACAAGUUAUUGGGCAGACGUAAAAUAUGGUUGCUUUACCUUUUUUGGUAAUUUUGCUGAUUCCUACCAUCUGUUCAGUUAUAAAAAACAUUUUGGCAAUUAAAAUUACUUAUACGUAUAAACUGGUUAUAUAUCACCAGGUGAGUAACAUUUACAAACUGUACUGUUGACUAAUAUGGUUAUUUUAUUAUUGUUUUGUUAUUUGUACUUUUCAUCUUUUAAAGAGAUUUCUGACCGGCAUGAAGAAUCUAGAUGAGGUUAAAUAUCUUGAAAUGAAAGUUGAUACAAGAGAUAACAGUCUUGGAAAUUUUGGUAAGAAUUACUAAUUUCUGUGGUUUAUGCAACGGAACUUUGUGCCCAGGUUGUGCAAAAUAAUCUUUUACCUUCUUGACUUGUUUCCUCCAGGUGCUUUGCUGCCAAACUUGGUUGAGCUUAAGUUGACCAACAGCAUUAUAGCUACUAUAAGGUAAGUCUAUAUCUAACGUGCAUUAGAUUUAGUGGAACCAAGCUGAAUAUUGAGAAAUUUCUGCAAUUUGAUUGGCUCAGAGCAGUGGUAUUUCAGCUUAAUUUGAAAUACCUACAUGUGAAAGAAAAAAAAACUUUUGCAAGUAGCAGUAUAAACAAAUAAUAGCAUGAUUUGUACGUGAUAUUUGACAUGAAUACCACUCGUGAUAUUUCAAAAUUGUCUCAAAUUUCACUUGCCUAAUGGCUCGUGAAAUUACGUAUAACAAUUUCAAAAUAUUGCUGGUAGUAUUAAUGCUAAAUAUCACUACAAAUCAUGCUAUUAUUUAGACAAAUUUAAUAAUGAUUUAUGGAGUUUGAAUAGAAAUUGUGUAAAAGUUUUUAGGUACACUGUAUUAUGCGUACAGUUUUUAUGGUGUCAUGUACAUUGAGAACUGCUUAUUGCGCCCUGCUGUUGUAUAAUAAUACCUUUUAAGGCCAAACAAUUCCCCGUCAAGAGAGUUACUUACAUGCUGGUUUAUUUGAUUAAUUAGAGACCUUGGUACCUCUUUGACAAGUCUAAGGACUCUUUGGAUGUCAAGGUGUGGUCUGAUUGAAUUGGAUGGUAUCAGUUCAGUCUCCUCAUUGAAGGUAAAUACAUAAAUAUCACUCAGGUACUUGCCGGGCCCCGGUUGUUCAAACAUCAGAUAAUGCUAUCCAAUGGAUAAAUAACUAUUCAGCAGAUAAGUAUUAGGGAAACCAAUUGCAUAUCCACUGGAUAGAGAUUUGUCCUGUGGAUAGUGUUAUCUACCUUUUGAACAACUGGGUCCUGGACCCUAAUCCCUGUUGGGAAAGUGAGCUUAAGGUGAUUCCAUAGUAAAAGAACCUAACAUAGAUUUUAGCUAAAACUUGGUACACUGAUGUAACAAGUCAAGAAGAUGAUAAAAAAAGUAAUAAAAAGUGGGGGUCACCGUGCUCGUUUUGACGUCACAAUGCUGACAAAUACGGCUAUUUAGGACCCUUUUACAAAAACCGCAGGCAGCGCAAAACUAGACAAAAAAGAGAGAUUUUUUCGAUGAUGCAUGUGACAUCACACAGAACUUGACUUUAAUGUAUUGUUUAUCCACUUACGUACCAGAAAAAUGCCUUUUAAUGCCCUUGUUUUUACUUUACGCUCCAAAGUAGAAUUAAAUUGGACGCGCGCUUUUCGACCCGUGUUGCUCAAUCCGUACAAUUUAGUAAAAUUACCAAAAAACUGAACAUAGAUUUGUGCCAAUUUUUUUCUCAUCGAAAAGAAGCACUGUCCUUAUUAAGAUCAUGAAAUAAAAAAUGGGGGUCACCGUACUCGUUUUUGCAGUAGAGCUGCAGAAAGUGUGCACCAAACGCAUUUUCUCCGAUUUUUGAGAGAGAACUGGGGCGAGUUUCAAAAUAGAAUGUAUGUGAAAGGGGGAAGAAAGUAUUAGAAAAUCCGUUUUUACAGAAUUUACAUCGAGAUAUCACAUUUAGGACACAAUGUGAUAAAGAAAGUGUUUAAAUGAAAAUCAAAGUGAGUAAGCACAAGUUAAACAUCCACUAUCGAGAUUCUCCGAGAGGAGGUCGAACUCAGCAACACGCGUACUGCUUACGUUAUGCACAUUCCCAACACAUUGAGUCUCACCUCGGCAAGAAACAACAGCAAGCAAAAAUUCCAAUAGUGUUUCUCUUCAGUCAACUUCAUUUUAAUAAUAUUACUUCACAUGCUCUUUUUUACGGUGGCCAUCUUGUUAUACGCAGUAAGAGAUGCGCAGUGCAAAACUUGGGAAUCACCUUAAAAAGUUAGUUACCCAGCAAGAAAAUCUACUUGUCCUGAUCAUUGCACUGGACUUUUCCCAGCCCUGUAAAAUACAUGUAUGAUAAUUACCAAAAAGGUCUUUUAUUUUCUCUGGCAAAUACAUUAUUUAAGUUGAUAAAUUUCAAACUUCCGAGCUAAAUUUGAAAAAAAAUCAAAUAUUUUGCCGAAACUCUUGAACUUCAUCAGCAAUGUCAAAUGUCAGGUACGUAAGAGAAAGGAAGUUAGGUAUUCCCUCCCAGCCAUUUACAGUCCUCUCCUGGGAAUACGUAACGACCUUUCUGUUACAAAUGCUGAUGGAGUUGGAGUGAUUCGCAUGAAAUAUUCAAUUUUGUUAAUAAAUUUGGCUCUGAGUUUUGAAAUUUGUACAUUAAAUUAAUUUUAGGAUAGUAGUUUAGUUGCAAAUUUAAAUAAAGUUGGAAGUUGGAUCUAAUCCUUUGCUCAGUUUAAAUUGGUACCAACUCUACAUUCCAUUUUGUAGGAGUUGUAUUUGGCCUUUAACGACAUAGAAGAUGUCAGCCCCCUUAGCAUGCUGGAUCAGCUGGAGAUUUUAGACUUAGAAGGGUAAGAAAAAUACUUAUACUAAUAUUAGUAGUAAGCAAAGGUUAGGGAGGGUAGGCGAGGUUGAAGGAUCUUUGCAUCCCAUUAAUUCCUAGUCAAAGUCCAAACAAAAUGCUGGCUGCAUACAUGCCAUGUGUGCAUAAUAAUAGUAAUCUAGAGAUUGGGAUCUUGGGCUUCUCUGUUUGCUCGCAACUACAGCAUGUAGUAUUCUCAAGACAGAAUAAAUUUAUGCAUUAUCAUAGUUACAUUGUAAAGGCCGCAACCAGUAAAUGUACAGUGUACUGUAUAAUAUUGUUACAAAGUAUAAAUUGUAGAGUUCUCUAAUUAUAUCGAUACUUCAUCCUAACUAGUCUCCUUUUGUAAAAUCUCCCAAACCCUAACUCUGAUAUGAAAGGCUGUUGAUUAGAAGAAUUUCCUCCUUUAAUUUAUGAUUUUUUUAAUUAGCUUACCUCAGACUUAAAAACUUUUAGGUCUAGUAAAGAUUCUAACCUUGACCUCUUUGAUGAGAAGACCAAAUGCUUUCUCCAGUUAACCCUAUCACCAACUAAAAUUAAUAUCAAAAUAAUUCUGCCCUGUGUAGGAAUAAUGUGAGUGACAUAGCACAGGUGGAGUUCUUGUGCCUGUGUUCAUCACUGAAUAUGCUGACAUUAGAGGGUAAUCCAAUUUGUUUAGCUCCACACCCAGAGGCUUCACAGGAGGUGAGCUUAUUUUCUCAGCGCACUGUGGAAAGAGUAUAUGUUGUAAUUAAUUUUAUAUCUCAGGUGAUUUUUAUUUUUCCUUUGUUUCAACUUAAUUAGCAUACAUUACCAAACCCAAAAACAAAGGAAAAAUAAUAAUUAACUGAGAUAAAAAAUUAACUACAACAUAUAUAUUGAUAAGCUGUGCCUAAAAAAAUUUCACAAGUCCAAGGGUCAUAGUCAACAUUCUCCACUGAAAUGAUUCAGAGAUGUACGGUUAUACCAGUAACUUGUGCGCGCUGGAUUUGGAAACCCGUGUGUAGCUCUGGAAAAUUCCUAGCCAUGCACUGCCCUAAGAUGAUUUUUUUUAUUGUGUAUGUGGGGCUGUAGUUAAGUUUGAAGCAGCCAUAGUGAAUGACUGUUCACCCAUAACAUCUCACAAAAAAUUGAUGGUGUCAUGCAUCUUUAGCUGUCCACUUUGAUCACCCAUGACAUAAAGUGAGCUCAGCUGUAACAGCUGUUUUAGGUUACGGCACUUUUUGACAGAUUUUAGUAUGUAUGUCAUACAAAGUUCAUAGUAGACUCAUGACCUAUCUCCUAUUCACUAAAAACUCUUAUAAGAUCAGUGAAGCUACAUCACACUGUGAAAAAAGUAUAAGUAAGAUAAAAGUUAAUAGGAAUCCUUUAGUGGCUCUCUUUUGCUUGACCCUUAAUUUAAGCCCCAAGAUCCACAUACAAAUUCUCCAGACAGAUCUCCAUACAGUUGUUUUAAGAAUGGCUGAGAGAAUUUGGUUUAAGAUCAAAGCAUUCUCCCUUUGGUAAUCAAUUUAGUAAUUCCCAUAUCCUUUACUCUUGAUGAUCUGCUGAUGUUGUCAGGAGAAAAUUGAUGUUGGUCACUCUUGGGACCUAAAGGGUUAAUGGCCUGUUUCCACUUUGCAGGAAAUAAGACAGUAUCAUUAUCGUGCUGCAAUCCAUAAGGCUGUUCCAAAUGUUAGAAUACUGGAUGAUGAAGCCUUUUUGGUGGAAAAAGUAGGUGGCCAGUUGGUGAUUCGAGAUCCCCCGGAAUCACAUAGAGCUAAGAAGGUGCCAGAUCAUCUCAGGACUGACUGGCAACUUGUCAGUGAAGGAAUCAAGGCAAUUAACAUUGAUGAACAGGAAGACAGUGCAUGUAGGUGUCUUUUUGGACAGUAUUUAUGCCAUAGUGUGCCCAGUUGCCUGGGACAUUAAAAUUAUUAUACGUGUUUUGGCCAAGUUACUACCACUUCACAGGACAUACCGUAAAAUUCUGAAAAUAAGCCCCGGGGCUUAUAUUUUUCAAAGGCCCUUUUUGAGGGGCUUAUUUUUGGAGGGGCUUAUAUUCGGAGGGGCUUAUUUACGGAGGGAAAUUUGUGUUUCAAAAUCGAUUGGGCUAGCCUUAUAUUUGGAAGUAAAUUUACCAUUUUUGCUUUGUUUUACUUUGUAUUUGUGGGCAAUUUUCCAAGUACAAGCCCCUGGGGGGCUUAUAUUUGGAGGGGCAAUUUAGCGGAGGAUUUUUUGUGUUAUCCGUUAGGGGGGCUUAUAUUUGGAGGGGCUUAUACGUGGAGGGGCUUAUUUCCAGAAUUUUUCGGUAUUUUGUAAUGCUGUUUUGACCUCCUGUUUGCUGAUUAGCCAUACACUCUACAACCCAAUAUUUUGGAUAGUUACAAAUAAUUAUUUCUUUGUUCAGUUUUAGUGAAUUAAACCACAUUUCAAGCAAUAUCAAAAAAUGUUUGCGUUCCUUUUUUAAUCUUUCUGAUUAGUUCUAUGAUCAUGGGUUUAUUUCUACAUUUUUAACCUUUGAAAAAAAUUUGUCUUCAAUUCUCUCUUUGACUAUUUAUUUAAACUGGUUGUGCUUGAACAGUUGAUAUAGUGAGACCAGGCUCAGCUUCCUCUGUAUCAAGACAAGAAAGACCUUCCAGUGCCAUGUCAAAAAGACAACGACCUGUAACAGCAUCAGGGAAAAGACCUUCAAGUGCUAGGGGACAACGUCCUGGCUCUGCUGGAGGUAGGUGUCAUUCUACAACUUUUGCUCUCAACCAUUUAAUUCCUAUAAUCAAUAAUCAUGAUACCCAGAUUAUUAUGUUUAUUAUGUUAAAGGUAUAACUAAUGAAUUUAACAUGUCCCUGUCUUUUACAGUCCUUUACAAAGGUGUUAAUCAAUUUUCAGUAUUUCAGAAAAUAAAAUUAGUGAUUGAUAAAACAGAUUAACAUUUUAUUCUGGUUAAAAAAGGGUUUGCAGGGUCGCUAUUCAUGACUUUGGGAGUGGUGAGACUUCAGUGGCUUUCCACAAUGACUUGGUGUUAUGUAUACAGUGUGAUGAACUGUUGUUUUUGUUAGGGUUUUUUGUCCAGGAGUCCAUUUAAACUGACUCCUGGGUGGAGAAAGACAAUGACGUGCACAGUGUCUUUUUUAAGGCAGCAUUGAAAAUAAUAAUAAUAGAAAACAUAUCCUAUUGUGAAACAUACGUUGGUACAUUUACUUAUAAAUCUUUGAUUCCUUCAGUAAACCUAUUUUCCUGUUUUCUUGUAGUUAUAAGGUUAUUUAUCUUUUAAUGUUGUACCUCAGGGAACCCUGAACCUGUUGGACCUGGAGUUUUUCAACAAGAUGACAGUAGUGAUCUCACUCAUGGUAAGCUUCAUUUUAUGAUCUAGUUCCUUACAAAGUUUUGAGUUGUUUUAGAGUACAGCUGUUUAUUUACAGUUCCUUGAUAUCUUCUUGCUUUUAUCAGGUUCCAGCCAAGUCAUCUGUGGGAAUAUAUCAAGAGCUUUGAAGUCAAGGCAGAAGGUUUGGUCAAAUUCUUAUUUCUGAACAAAUUCAUCUCCCAGUGUUCUCUAUUUGGAUUUUCUACUUGCUCCUCUUUGAAGCAUUACACUAGCAUCUGGCACUUUAUUUCCACAUUUCGUUAGGUUCAGUCUGGUCUUCCUGACUGGGAAUUAAUUUUUGCUUUCUUUAGCAAAUGCACUUUCUUUUAUUUGAGCAAAAAUACAGACAAGGCAUCAUCUAAAAAUGAAUCACUGUUGUCAUUGUAAGGAAGUACAAUAAUUAUUCAAAGCUAUAUUGUAUCGUGAUCUUGUGUGGUUAGAUAGCAUUUUUCCCCAUAUCCAAAGUCACCUUCUUUUCCAGUGAUGCAACUAGCCCCAAACAUAAAAACCCAUGUUUGUGAAAGUAUAUAAUUUAUUAUUUUGAUAGUGGAGUUGAAUUUUGCGGAUUUGCUUUUUACAGUAGGAAUUUUUUUUGGCGCUUAACUAUUUUGCAUACAUUAAAAAAAUAAAAAUGGAAAAAAAAACUAGGACCCCAAAAAACGAACUUCAUCAUGACUUCUGUAACUUUAUUAUUAUUUCAUGGAAACUGUGUUUGUUUCUAAGCUACUAGCAUCCCAUGGAGAGGGGAUUGUGAGAAUACUCUCAUAUUGCUCCACCUCCGUUGUUUAGGACACAAAGGGUCAAAAACCAUACUGGCACAUCUUCGUACAGGCCAAUUCAGGACCAUAGCAAGCCUUUCGAAACUUGGGGGCACAGAAAUUUUAGUUAGCUCAUUGUAUUUGAAAAGCAGAGGGUUUUCAGUCCAGAGGUCCCAUUAGACUGGUCUCUACUGUCUUAAAACCAGAAAAUGUUUCACCUAACUGUAGAGACAUCAUUGUUCAAUACUCUUGGAGAUGAAUUAGUAUUUUCAACUUUUAUGCGUGCAUGUUUUGACUUUUUAGGGGCAAAAAACUGGGGGGGGUGCACACCCCCUAGCCCCUCCCCUUGCUACGGCCCUGACCAUACAAGGGAGUACACCCUGGGGGCUACAUCAACCUCACAUGUAGUUCUGAACUAUAGUAUCAGCAAGCAUAAUCCUAGCACUGUCGUCCAUACGUCUCUUAUGGGGCUUAAUUGACCUUAAUUAGAAGAAUUUGUUGAAAAAUUAAGACCGAAGUUGGUGAUUUUUUUUUCUCAUGAUCAUUUUGUUGUAUACAUCAGUAGUAAUCAAAAGGAUAAAUUAGAUCAGUUCUUGUCCCUAUUAUCGCUGUAGUGUUAAACUCUAGUGGUUGAAAAUCUUGAAUCAUUAGGGACUUUAAGUUGCCACGACGGCGACGACAACGAGAACGUCAAAGAAGCAAUAGGUUGAAUAGGCAAAACAACACCUCUGCACGUGAUCACGCUUUUUUGUACAUUUCUUUGCCGUCACUGCACGACUACGACGGGAAAAUGCCUAUUUUCACGUUUUAUGGACGUAAACAAGCGACGGCUAAAUUUUCUAUUUCUGAACUUGAAUAUGGUUCUUAGGAAUUUGGCUCAAAGAGAGUUCGCUUGCAUUGAAAAAAAUAAAUGACUUAGGUGAGUAAUCGCGAUAGAGAUUGAAAGAGCGCAAAUUCACUUUGCAAGCGACGUUUUCGUGGCUGUCUUCGUCGUGGUAUCUUAAACUCCCUAUUAUGGGCUGUUCUGUGACCGUGUCUCUUGUUCUUAGGCUUUAAAACAACCUAAGAUGCCAGUGGUGACUUUCCGCCUUGAGAGUCCCCGUUUGUUUAUACCUGAAAAAAGCUUCGAGGAAGAAACAGAAACAUCAGCUAGUGCCAGUGAUAUUCUCGAAGAACUGAAAGCUUGGAGAAAGGAAUAUUCAAAGUAAGGUUUAACUUAGGGCAUGUUUACAUGGAGAUAGGGGACCCCAGAUAGGUGAGCUAACAUGGGGCGGGUCACUCCACUUAUGUUAACGUGGUCAAAUUAAAAUGAGAGAUUAUAUGGACAGGCGGGUUACCCCACCUAAGCGGGUUACCUCACCUACCUGGGGUCCCCCACCUUCAUGUAAACAGGCCCUUAAAGGAACGCAACUCCUCAGUAUUCCUCCUUGAUAUCUCUUCUCCGCUCAGGCUCCUGCUCGGUAUUGCAGUAAAAUUAGAAAUAAGUAAAAACCAAUAGGGUUUACGGUCAUCUCGCCACCAACGAAAUCGCCACCAAGAAGUCUACUCGCCACCAUAUAAUAACUCUGCAAUAAUCGACAUUGUUUACUUACCUGGGAUUGUUACUUCUCCCUCAAGCCUAAAUAUAAGUUUAUCGAUUUUAAUUGACACCUUGCGUCAUACUUCUCAUUUUAAGUUUUAUUUUUUGUGAAUAUUUUUAGACGAAACUGAGCCCCAAAGGGCGGGAAAAAAUGUUUUGGGAGACCGAGCCCCCGCCUUAUCUCAUGGGUCUGGAUGACCGCCCCGUCCCACUACCCUGAAGGUCUGGAUCACCGACUGUUACUCCCCCAUUACGAUACUUUAUAUUUUCCGUUAAUUUGCUUAUUAUAAUUUCAGGAUAUUAAGUAAUGAAAGGAGUACAACAACUAAUACUGAUGAGAAUGGUGACAAAUCCAGGUAAGGUGAUUUUGUUGUUGUUGCUUGUUUCUAUUUCACACUAGGUGACUGAAAUUGCAAAAAGGGUGCACUUCAGUUCAACUGAAUAAGACGCCCUCUUCUCUUCAGAUGACGGCAACCAGAAAAAUGAAAAAAAGCAAGUAUGGUCAAGCUACUUAAUAAAGAGAUUUAGAGUGACGCAUAGGGCAAACUACAAACGUGAGAUUCACGUUUUGAAUUUCUCAAUAUAGAAAAUGAUCAAACAAAAACAUCCCAAAACUAUCAUUAUGGAUAAAACUGGUGUGAAUCUACUGAUUUUCAUGUAGUUACAAUGAACAGUAAACGACAAACAAUGGGAAAACUUGGUCAAGUGGUACAAGUUUGCAGUAAACGUAACUCUAUAUCUCUCUAAUAUUUUGGAAUUUCUUUAGAACUGUUAUUACCUAGAUACCUCUGAUAAUAGUUGAGUUAUUAUAUAUCUGGAUAACCUUGAGAAAAGAAAAUGUUCUUGCCCAUGAACGGAAUGUACCUGAACCUUCUAUGACGUGCAGGUGACGUACGCGCAUUACAGUUUGUGUAUAAACAGUUUUAGGGCCUGUUUACAUGUAGGUGGGGGACCCAAGGUAAGUGAGGUGACCCGCCUGUUCAUAUAAUCUCUCAUGUGGUCACCCCACCUAUCAUGUAAACGUGAUUUAAUUAAAAUGAGAGCCGAUUAUAUGGAGAGACUGGUUACCCUACCUAAGCGCCGGGGUUACCUCACCUCCAUGUAAACAGGUCCUUAGUGACUUUAUUAGGGUGUAUACUGGGUAAAACCUGUGUAAAACCUUAAACUGAACAUCCUCUUGCAGUGAAUUACCACCAUCCACCCCCGAACAAGAUACGGGAGCCCCGCGACUUUCACCCACGCCACCCGCCUACUCACCGUCCCCUCCUUCGAAAACCUCUCGUCGUCCAGGAAGUCCUUCAGCAGUGCGUCGCUCACUCCCUACCCCUCCACUAGUGGGUAGAGAGGUAAUGACCAGACCCAAUACCGCUGCGGACUUUAGGAUGCGAAGGUUAGUAGUUACAUGUGCGUCGCAGUGUUGUGUUUUUUUUCUCCAUUUUUCAAACAGACAGAGACUCUAUGUAAUCCUUUUAUAAAUGGAACAAGCUACAGUAAUCCAUUAAUUCUCUAGAAUGUCUUAUCUUUAUUCUGAGACGUUUUAUUUGUUUGUUUUGAGUAGACAAAUUUUCUGGAGAACCCUGAAUUAACCUUCAAGUACAAUAAACAUGUUAACAGGAAUAUUUGUGUUAUAGAUUCCGUCAACUUUCUGGCGAGACCAGUGUGAAUCAGUUAAAGCUUCGAGCUAUGCGUGCAGAUGAGAGUUAUGACGUAGACAAAAAUACGUCCACGCCUUGUCUGGAUUCCAGACCUUCUCCCGCUUUAUCGGUCGAAGAGGACUCGGAACCUCGCUCUUCCUCCGCGCCCGUGCGACUAGGCCGACAAACGAGGUCAGUUGAAGUAGAUAAAACAUAUUAGUGAAAUCCAACUAGUGGUCUAUUAUCAAUGCUGCGUUCCCAUUGGUUGAGCAACUACUAGGCUAUAUGUUAUAGCCCACUAGUAGCGAAAAGCGCGGGCUUUUUGGUGGCAAAAAAGGAUUAAAGUCUAGCUUUAACUAGGUAAAUUUUUUCAUUCUCGAUAUUUUGGACCAACUAGUUGGAUUUUGCUAAAACAAUUAUUCCUCUCGCCCUCAUGGCCUUUUGUUAACUAUUCGUCAAACCAGCAUCUCCUUUAUUUCUGGGAUUGUCAACUUGCAGUUUUGACAUUUCUCUCUGAAAUGUUUUUUCUAGUAUUUUUAUGUGUUUGUUAGCUCUUUCUUUUUGGGUGAGCCAGUCUUAGUUUCUUUUUUAAUUGUAGCUGUAUUAUUUUUUGGUACCUGGAUUUUGGAAUCAAAAACAAACUUGAUUUGACAUGACUAUAUCCUCGUUGAUAUUAGCCUUCGUGGAAGGCGUCAAAAGGGGAGUGAGAAUUAAAAAACAUUUCCAUAUCAAAGGCUGAGCACUUAACCUCGUUUUGGUACUGAGGCCCGGAGGAACUCGGAAAUGGCGUAUUUUUGAACAGUUUAGUAAUCGUUGCUUUACAGGGAAACGCCCACAAAAGAUGGCACCAGGCCCCCUCGCAAACUCCCCGACCCAGCGUUACUGGCACAGAGACCAGGUACAGCAGCCGCUGCCCUACAAAAAAGAAAACUGAGGCCGUAGACUUGACAUCCGAGAUACAUGUACAUAGACACAUGUAGAGCCUACGUGACGCUGUUGCCUACUAUGUUUUUGGUGCGCAGAGUGAUGCUCUCGGCCUGUCAUUAAGGUUUGCGUAGUAGCUCGAUUUGGUGGUAUUUAAUAAGAGUGACUGCAAAAUGGAGGAAUGUUAAAA